GCCCUUCACAGAGAGUCUUGACCUCAGCUGUCUGUAUCUCCUUAGCAUCUUCCUCCCUAUCCUUACAACCAAAACCUCACAACUCUCAAAAUGGGCUUCUUCUCCCCCGCCCCGUAUCACAUCAUCAGCUACGGCUUCCUCCUCGGCACAACCUUCUUCCACACCUUCGUAGGCGGCAUCGUCUCCUUCCGCGUCCUCCCCCGCCCCCAGUUCUCUUCCCUCAUGUCCUCCCUCUUCCCAAUCUACUUCACAAUCCAAACCGCCCUCCCCCUCGUCCUAGCAAUCACCUACCCCGCCAGCCAAAACCCCUUCGGCAUCACCGGCGGCAUCACCGGCUUCCUUCACUCCUCCAACCGCUACUCCACCUUCGUCCCCGUCACCGCCACCUUUGUGUCCGCCCUCGCCAACCUCGCCUUCGUCGGUCCUCUCACGACCAAGGUCAUGGAUGAGAGGAAGCUCCAGGAAAAGAAAGACGGCAAAAAAUCCUGGGACUCCCCUCCCCACUCGCAAGAAAUGCAAGCCCUCAACAAGCAAUUCGGCAUCCUCCACGGCGUGUCCAGCUUCCUGAACCUAGGCACCUUUAUCGGAAGCCUUGUUUACGGCGUUACCCUGUCCAAGAGACUCUCUUAAAACCAAUCCCCAUCCUACCAGCAAGUACCUUGCCCCCCACCCGAGUUCAAAGCGCAUAGUUCGUCUCAGGUCCAACGUCUCAAGUCAAGGUCAAGGUCUCUUCCCACACACACACACACAUACACACACACGCAAAGCACAAAGUCACAUGGCAGCAAGCAUUACGAAUGACAAAUUUGGUUUAUUACACCAUGUUUUUUAUCAUGUGUUUCUGCUCUAAUACCCCUUUUCUCUCAAGAGACAGUGAAAGAAAAAAAGCAAAAUACCACAAAUCCCGCCGCUUGUUGUGUGUUGUGGUAUUAAUAGACCCGCCAAUUUUCCGUGUCAACGAUCCAACGCAAAUAUCCCAUCCCAUUCAUCUACCCAUCCAUCCAGUCUCAGAAUCCAGUUGCGGCGGCGGGCUUUGCAACCCAUUGAUCCAUCCAUCCAUCUACCCACCCACCCAAAUCUCGAUCCAGUAGUUUCCAGGUUUCGCAACCUCUCCAUCCAAUCUCUUCUUUUCUUUUUCUUUUCCUUUUUGCCCUCCAAACGAUGAUUGAUCACAACCCACUAGCCAAAGCCCUCAACUCCCUCUUCACCUCCUCCAUCUCCCUCCUCCUCUUCUCGGCAUCCUCCUGCACCUUUCUCCUCUCCCUCUCCUCCUCUUGCUGAUCAACCAGCUUUUGCUUCUCCACCCACUGCGUCAGCGUCCACCGGCCUGGCUUUCUGGCCAGGAGCUCCUCCACGCUCAACUCGGCGGCCGGCUUGGGGAAUUGGGUAGAGAGGGGGUCGACUCUGAUUUGCUUGCGGCCCGGGACGGGGGGUUGGACGUGAAUUAUGGGGGUUGUGGCUGUCCUCUUUGGUGCGGCGGGGGGAGUGGCGGUAGGAAUGGCGAGGGAGGUGGUUGAGCCGCAAUUGUGGCAUUGGGUGAGGGUAGCAGCAGGCUUGAGGUUGUUGUUGUUGUUGUUGAGGUUGUUGUUGUUGUUGUCGAGGGGGGUGAGAGGGGUGGUGACGGGGGGAAAGUAGCUGUCUGUUGAGGUGGCGGGGGAGGAGGAGAGGGUUGGUGGGGUGGUGGUGGUGGUGGUGGCGGCGGUGGUGGUGUCCGAUACGGCGGAGGUGGUGGUGGACAUUGCGGUGUUGGUUGAGGUAGAGGAUGUCUUUCGGUAGAGGGAUGACCAGAAGCUUGAGGAAGUAGGGGAGCUGGGUCUGCUUAGUCUUCUGCUGGUUGGUCGGCUGUUGCUGCUGCUUUCCUUCUUGUUGCCGCUGUCGUUGUCUGUCGAAGAAGAGGAAGAGGAAAUAAAGAAUUGGAACGGGUUGCGGAAGGAGAACCGGUUGGGGUUUGAGGACGAGGAGGCUGCCAUUUUGAAAGAGUGUGAAGAGGUGAAUGUUGCUCUUUAAAAAGGUCGGUGGGUUGAUGGGUAGGGUGAAUUGGGGGUUCUGUUGCUCCAAAAAGUGAAAAUCGUCGGUCCCUUUGUGGGGUUUUUGCACUGGUCGCGAAGCUUAAGAUAAGCCUUUUCCUCCUUGCUGGCUGUCACCGGAUUCCCCCCUGACUCUUUUCAGGGUCUUUCCCUGGGCAAGAGAGCAAACGGCCGAGUGAAGCUUGAUUCAACUUUGUGCUCUUUGCAGGCGCUACUAACUCGGCUGGUUCCACAACAAAACAAAACGUGGAAAGAAGCGGUGCCUGCGAAGGGAGCCGGUGAAGACAGGCGGGGAAGUUGGUAGGUCUCGAGGGCUUUGGUGACUUUGCUGGUCGCGGAUGGGAUGAACGGUUGUGGCGGGAGCUACUGGCGGGCAACUGUGCUCGAGUCGUAAACACCGUCGGAUUUGAGCUCGGAGGGUGAUGGAGGUGGCUUGCUGUCAAAAAACUUGAGGUGCUCAGAUGACAAGGUGGGAUGAAUAAUAAGUGAAUAUGUUUGCUUUGUGACUCGAAAGACGAGAUAUUAUUCACUGAGAGAUAUUCACGUUUUGUUCGAGAAGAGUCAAAAGACCGAGGAAUACUAACACAACAAUGUGACGAGU